UUAACAGCGAUUGGAUAGAUAUGAUGCCUAUCAUUAGCCGUGAACUGACUGAAUUGACGUUCAAUAUACCUUUGCUCUAGUCGAGGAUACAAACGUUUAUUUCAUAGCUACAGUCGUGUAUAAAUUCUAAAUUACAGGCAUUGGGAAGUUAACAGCAAAAUCAGAAGUUCUGGGACGUGAUAUUUGUGUGUCGAGUGAAGCAGAUGUUAUUGUUUUCUUUUCUGUAGAAAUGGGCUCGACAAAUUCCACCCUGUCAAAAAUUCCAAACGUCGAAGAAUUAAUGCAAGAAACGGGUUUCACCCCUGCACACAUUGUUCGACUUUAUGACCGUUUCGAAGCAUUGGACAAGGAAAAGACAGGCCAUCUCCGACCACAGGAUUUUGGAGCCAUUAAUAGGUUGGCGAUGAACCCCAUCGGGGAUCGGAUCAUUGGGGCUUUCUUCUCUCCAGGACAGGAAACAGUGGACUUCCACUCCUUUGUGAGGAUCCUGGCCCACUUCCGACCUGCGGACAAAAAACGUCCCAAAGAUCCCAGUAUGCCUGAACCUGUCAACAGUAGGACCAGUAAACUCAAGUUUGCCUUCCAACUAUAUGACCAAGAUAAAGAUGGAAAAAUCUCCAGAGCUGAGCUUCUACAGGUGCUGCGGUCCAUGCUUGAGAUGCAGGUGACGGAGGAGCAGCUAGAGAGCAUCGCCGACCGCACCAUCCAGGAGGCUGACCUGGACAAGGACGAUGCCAUCUCCUUUGAGGAGUUCCGCAAGUCCCUGGAGAAGGUGAACAUCGACCACAAGAUGAGCAUUCGCUUCCUGCGCUAGCUAGAGUGGUUGCACUGGGACAACUGACUGUUCAUGGAGAUGUUGCCCACUUUGUGUUUACUCAUCCCUCCAUGGUAAAAACAAGGCUUCUGCAGGGAAAUAUUAGUGAUUCCUUUAACUGGAUGACUAACACUAAAUACCUUAAAUGACUGAAUAAUAUGCUGUAACCUAAUAUGUUGUUUACAGCAAACUGGAAUAUGGGCAUCAUGCUCCAAAGUCUAACUGUACUAGAGGCCUACUGUAUAACUACAUAGUUACUGCUUUUAUAUAAUACAAUAAAAUGCUAUUUAAUAAUAAUAAUUAUGCAUGGGACUUAUUUAGUGGUAAUCAAGGACACAAAGUCGCCUUACAAUUGUAGAAGCAAAAAAAAAUAUGUUCGUUUUGACAAUAAGCUUUUAUGAAGGGAAACAGAUACUUGAAAUUCAUUUUUUGAAGUCCACUAUUUUUUGAAGUACACUAUCGGUCAAACGUUUUAGAACAUCUACUCAUUCAAGGGUUUUUCUUUAUUAUUACUAUUUUCUACAUUGUGGAAUAAUAGUGGAGACAUCACAACUAUGAAAUAACACAUAUGGAAUUAAACAAAAGAAAGUGUUAAACAAAUCAAAAAAUAUUUUAUAUUUGAAAUUCUUGAAGUAGCCACCCUUUGCCUUGAUGACAGCUUUGCACACUCUUGGCAUUCUCUCAACCAGCUUCACCUGGAAUGCUUUUCCAACAUUCUUGAAGUAGUUCCCAUAUAUGCUGAGCACUUGUUGGCUGCUUUUCCUUCACCCUGCGGUCCGACUCAUCCCAAACAAUCUCAAUUAGGUUGAGGUCGGGGGAUUGUGGAGGCCAGAUCAUCUGAUGCAGCACUCCAUCACUCUCCUUCUUGGUAAAAUAGCCCUUACACAGCCUUGAGGUGUGUUGGGUCAUUGUCCUGGUGAAAAACAAAUGAUAGUCCCACUAAACCCAAACCAGAUGGGAUGGCAUAUCGCUGCAGAAUGCUGUGGCAGCCAUACUGGUUAAGUGUGCCUUGAAUUCUAAAUAAAUCAAUGACAGUGUCACCAGCAAAGCACCCCUACGCAAUAACACCUCCUCCUCCAUGCUUUACGGUGGGAAAUACACAUGCAGAGAUCAUCCAUUCACCCACACCGCAUCUCACAAAGACACGGCAGUUUGAACCAAAAUUCUCCAAUUUGGACAAGACCAAAGGACAAAUUUCCACCAGUCUGUCCAUUGCUCGUGUUUCUUAGCCCAAGCAAGUCUCUUCUUAUUAUUGGUGUCCUUUAGUAUUGGUUUCUUUACAGCAAUUUGACCAUGAAUGCCUGAUUCACACAGUCUCCUCUGAACAGUUGAUGUUGAGAUAUGUCUGUUACUUGAAGUCUGUGAAGCAUUUAUUUGGGCUGCAAUUUAUGAGGCUGGUAACUCUUUAAUGAACUUAUCCUCUACAGCAGAGGUAACUCUGGGUCUUCCAUUCCUGUGGCGGUCCUCAUGAGAGCCAGUUUCAUCAUAGUGCUUGAUGGUUUUUGCAACUGCACUUGAAGAAACAUUCAAAGUUCUUGAAAUGUUCCGUAUUGACUGACCUUCAUGUCAUAAAGUAAUGAUGGACUGUCAUUUCUCUUUGAUUAUUUGAGCUGUUCUUGCCAUAAUGUGGACUUGGUCUUUUACAAAAUAGGGUUAUCUUCUGUAUACCCCCCCUACCUUGUCACAACACAACUAAUUGGCUCAAACGCAUUUAGAAGGAAAGACAUUCCAAAAAUGUACUUUUAAUUGAAAUUGCAUUCCAGGUGACUACCUCAUGAAGCUGGUUGAGAGAAUGUCAAGCAUGUGCAAAGCUGUCAUCAAGGCAAAGGAUGGCUGCUUUGAUUUGUUUAACACUUUUAUGGUUACUACUUGAUUUCAUAUGUGUUAUUUCAUAGUUUUGAUGUCUUCAUUAUCAUUCUACAAUGUAGAAAAUAGUAAAAAUAAAGAAAAACCCUGGAAUGAUUAGGUGUUCUAAGACUUUACUGUAAUAAGUCUCUAGAUGUAGCAAUUACACUGAAUUUGAGAACUAAACAUACGAGUACGAAAGUGAUAGAAUAUUUCUACAAAUUAAUAUUUUUGUCAAUUGUAGCAUUCAUUCACUGAGUUGCUUAUGAGGAGAAAAGGCCAUGAAAAACUUAAGCUUGGCUCUAAUUGUUUCAAUAGAUUCGAUUUAGAGACAGUCCAACAAAACAAAUGUCUACAUUUUGACCCAGAGUAAGGAAAGGGUCUGUUUGUGACUGACUGGAUGACUUUUGAAUUGUGUGCCAAAAUGUAUUUCUCAAAUCUCAGCAUUUUUUUGUCACAUACAUGGAAUCGUAAUUAAAUAACCCUAUUGGUA